AUGGAUGAGUUUACUGGCCGCUCUCUUGCAAAAUUAGAGGUGGCUCCAAGAGAUUCAGAGUUCUUUCGUAGAAGUGGUAUUUUCAAAGGUCUGAUCCGGCCUUUCUCGGCGAUGGAAUACCCAGAUAAUGCCUCAAAGCCCUCUGAACCUCUUGGAAACGUCGGAAAGAGCUGCACGACAAGCAGCCUUUCAGACGGGAUAUCCGGCGUGUGUCUCAUCACCGCUCUGUCCAACCUAACCGUUUUCGUCAUGCCCGACUAUGAGCGUGAAGGAAUCACAGUUGAUCGGUUUCUGGAUCUCUCAACGGUCUCUAGCCUAUUUCUAGGUAUUGGUAGUUAGGUCUCAAUGCCAAUAGCCGCAGCCGUC